AUGGCCAGCCAGGAGGCAGCCCCGGAGGCCGGCCAAGAGAAGGCUGCCGCCGGGGUCCGCUCCGUGCUGCUCAAGCGCGACUCGCCGGGUGCUGAGGACCGCCUGCAGCGUCGCCGCCGCCACCGCGCCCAGCAGGUGCGCUUCAAGGACCUGGAGGAGGGCGGAGAGGAGCCCCCGGGCAGCCACCCCCCACGUUCCUCUGCCGCAAACUGCGCCAGGCGGAGCUGGCCCCAAUCCGGGCCCCGCCUGCUGCUCGCCCUGCCGGAUCCCCACGGGGCGACUGGCAUCAGCACCGCCAGCCAGACGUCACCCAGCCUGCAGCGGCCCCCCCGCAGCAAGAGCUCCUGCGACCUCGCCCAGGAGGGUGCGCCCUGUGCAGUGGGCCGCAGCCAGGAUCCGCCCCUGGGGGGCACCGCCAGCCUUCCUGCCCUUGGUUGCUCCCUUGCCUCACCCCACGCCCAGCAGUGCCCCAGACUUCCUGCCACCCUGUGCCCCGGGCUGCCACCUCCCCGGGAGUCAUGCCCCCCUUACCCAGGGCGGGGGGCCCCGUGCCUCUCGGCCAGCUGGUCUUCCCAGCGCAAGCACUGUGCCCCCUCCUCCACGCAGCCCCAUGGCACCUCAAGCAGCUGCGGCAGCUCUGGCGCCCCCUGGCUGUGCCCACCACCUCUCUGUCAGACUCCCUCUGAGCAGGCCUCGAGAGCCCCUCCCUGUGCCCCCCAGAGGGGCAUCCCUGCCCCCUGCCCCCUUGCUCAGGGCCCCCCCACCGAAGUCCCCACCUCUGCCUUCCUGCUUCCCACAGCAGGGCCCCCUAAGUCAGGAAAACCAGCAGCGCCUGCGGCCUCCCCAGGGAGCCUCAGCACCACUCAGGCCCACCCCACAGCCCCCACGCCUUCCCAGAAGCCUCCCGACCCCCUUCUGCCCUCCUCUGGUCGCAGCUGCCCCCCUGAGACCUGCCUCUCUGCCAGACCCGGGGAGACGUUUCCCCGCAGCCAGGACCACCUUCUGCAGCUGGUGUCUGUGGCUGCCGCGCAGAGGGAGCCCCCGCCCGCGUCUCAGGAGCUCCCCGGGUGGGUGGGUGACCUCCACUCCCAGCUGCAGUCCCUCGAAGGGGUGCUGGAGACCAGCCAACGAACCAUCAAGGUGCUACUCGAUGUCAUUCAGGAUCUGGAGAAGAAGGAGGCGCAGCGCGAUGGGCGGCAGUCCUACCGGACAGGGCAGGACACCACCAACUGCGGGACGUGCCGGGACUGCGCCUGCAUCAUCUACAGCGUGGAACAUGAUUUCCGGAAGCAGGAGGGGCGUUUGCAGCAGGUGCUGAGCACCAUUGAGCCUGAGCUGAGCCACAGCCCCCCGGUGGCCACGCGAGCUGCCACGCCGAGCCACCAGGAGCCGUCGCCAACGCUGAAUCUGCCCGUGGUGAAAGCGGAGCCCAAGAAGUCCCGGCGAAAGUGUUUCUGGUUCCUGUGAUGGUGCCGUGCCCAGAAGGGUCCGGGGGUCUCCCUCCCCAAGGAGAGGAAGAAUAGAGCCAUGGGGUGAGGGGGCUGCCUCCCCCCCAUCAGUCCACACCAGUCAACCUGCCACAGAGCCACAGCGUGGAGGGAUUGCACCAGCCUUUUUAUUGUUCAAAUCUGUCCAGUUUAACUUGCAGAGCCCCCCCCCCACCCUCAAUGAAAGGAUGGGAGGAGAGAAGGGAAGACACACACACUGUAUCCGAGGAGGUCUCAAUAA